ACGUUAACCGAAUUCCACCUCAACAGUGAAUGUGGCAAGAGCAAGCACAAUUUGACUAAAAAAUAACCAAUUUCAUUUACAGUUAAGUAAAAUGUAUAUCCUGAGAACCAUUUUGGGAGCAUUGCUGUGGUGCAGCGUUUUGCUGAAUCUCAUACGGGCACAAAAGGAGUUAAGACGUGAUGAAACUUAUCCUCCGCCGGAACUGCUAGAGGCGCUCAGACCAGUACACGAUAAGUGUGUUGCCAAAACCGGUGUUACAGAAGAGGCCAUAAAGGAGUUCAGUGAUGGUGAGAUACACGAAGAUGAGCCACUCAAGUGCUAUAUGUACUGUGUGUUCGAAGAAACGGAUGUUUUGCAUGAAGACGGCGAAGUGCAUUUAGAGAAAUUAUUGGAUAGUUUGCCGAACUCAAUGCACAACAUCGCUUUGCAUAUGGGCAAGAAGUGUUUGUAUCCCAAGGGUGACACGAAAUGUGAACGCGCUUUUUGGUUACAUCGCUGCUGGAAGGAGUCGGAUCCAAAGCACUAUUUCUUGAUUUGAGAGCCGCUUCAUUGGAGGUCUUUCACAGCUGACUCUGCUUUUGACAAUGUGAAUACUGAACUUACAUACAUAAUAUGUAUUAAUCUUUAUUGUAGUCUUUUGGUUUAUUAUAAUUUGCAAAUAUAGUUUAACGAACAUUCCAAAA